AAAAAAAUAAACUGUUUUGAAUGUAAACGAGCGCAAGAUGGCAUUGACAGUCGAUCAUAAGUUAUUAAAGUAAAUAAUUAAGAAGCAUUAAAAAUUUUAAAAAGUUACAUAGGAGUCAACAAUAGGAAAUUUCGAAAAAUUUUACAAUAAUCGCAACGCUUCAUUGUUUCCUUACAUAUAUCUAGAAUUAUUUAAUUCCUUAAACAGAAUUGAAUUAAAAAAAAUGUUUAUAAAUCGUUGGACAAGAAUUUCCCCAUUUCCUGAAUUUUUAUCAAUUCUCUACUUUCUAGUAAUUUUUUUAAAACAAAUUAACGCUCAAGAUCCGAAUUGUAAUUUUUUACUUGACGUACAACCGGGAAGAACAUACUAUAUCAGAAGUCCUAAUUAUGCGCAAAAUUAUUAUGGAGAAAAUUAUUGCAAAUGGAAUAUCAAAAGUGAAUACAGAAUAAAUUUUAGAUGUGAUUUAUUUAAUAUUCCACCGGUUUACAAUACUUGUCAAUAUGAUCACAUGCUUGUUUAUGAGAAUCCGAGUGAUUCAAAUAAAGUUCCAUUACGUUUGUGUGGUAAUGGAACAGUUUCGAGAAAUUCAGAGGGUCGUGAAAUGGUAAUUACUUUUCGGAGUUAUUACUCAACACCAGGAGGAAUAUUUUCCUGUAUUGUUGAACCAUUAAACACUGACCAGGACGAUGAAAAUUGUCGAUGUGGUUGGAAAAAUCCGGUUUUCAAGAGUAGAAUAGUCGGUGGUACAGAUGCUGCAUUAAAUGAAUAUCCAAUGAUGGUGGGAAUUGUCGAUGAAAUUAAUCAACAGGUAUUUUGUGGUGGUGCAAUUAUAAGUACUAAACAUGUUCUAACAGCAGCUCAUUGUUUAAAACAAAAAAACGCUAAUGAUUUGGGUGUUCUUAUUGGUGAUCAUGAUCUUUCCACUGGAUCUGAUGCAAAUUCGAUAACUUUGCCAGUACAGAAAUAUGUUAAUCACCCUUCUUAUAUAGCAACUCAACGGAAUAGUGACUACGAUGUAUCUGUAAUGACAGUUUACGGAAGUAUUCCAUUUACAAAUAUUGUUGGUCCUGCGUGCCUUCCAUUUCAGCACAGUUGUGAUGGUUUUGGUGGAUCUUUUGUUGAAUUCCUGGGAUGGGGAACGACUGAAUUAUCAGGAGCAACACCAAAUGUUUUACAAAAAGUUGAAGUCAGUGUGAUUAAUCUUUCGAAAUGUAAGAAAUCGUAUCCUAAAAUUAAUGAGCAUCAGUUGUGUACACUUACUCCUGGCAAGGAUGCGUGUCAGUUUGACAGUGGUGGUCCAGUUUUAUGGCAAAAUCCAACGACAAAAAGACUAGUGAUUGUUGGAAUAGUAAGUUAUGGUGUUGCUUGUGGGACAAAAAUUCCUUCAGUUAAUACUCGAGUAGGCGCCUUUUUAGAUUGGAUUCAAUCCGUUACUGAAGGUGUAAAUUACUGCAGGGCUGAGUGAUUUUAACAAACAGUUUGCAAGCAGAAAAACAUUUUUAUCCGUGAGCAAGGAAAAGAAUAUUUAACAAAUGUAUUUUAAAGAAGAAAAAGUAUAAUAGAAAUAAAAAUGUUAAUUCGAGUAAAAAAACGGAGUUGAUUUUCAAUAUCUGAUACUUAUAUUUUUAGUAUAAAAUUCCACGAUACUUUUCCUAUUCCUUAACUGUUGGAAAAUUGACUUGUUUUUAAGGAACAGAAAAUAUUAGAAUGGAAAAAUGAAUAUUGAAAUAAAAACUUUAAAAAGUGGACAAUUUUAAAAAUAUGGAUUAUUUUAUCCUCCUAUUAACAAUCUGUGUUUGAGUUUAUACACUCGUAUACAAUACAUAUGUGCUUUUUGAUAAAAGUUGCGGCGUUUCGUCCCAGUUUAUUGACAAGGUCGUAAAUUCAAUGCCAAUGGAAAAUAAUGAAAUGGAACUUUCUGAUAAAUUUCUGAAACAUCUUUUCAACAAUAUGGGACCGAUUAUAUGAUGGAAUUUCCAUUAAUUCUGAGAAUAUAUUUAUCUAACAACAAUUCGUAUUACAGAUGAGAAAUUUAAGUUAUUACCUAAUGCUUUCAAUUUGCCUUACCUUGUAGAAAUUGUUUAUUUGUUAAUUUAAAUUUGUCAAAUUGAUAUUAAAAAU